UAUAAAACCUUGGCUUAUCAGUUGUAACAGCUGUGUGAGCAUAUUACAGCAGGAUUUACUUAUAGACAGUAAACAUGAAGUUAAUCAUUCCAUUUAUAUUCUCAGUUUUUACAGUAUGUACUAUUAUGGCGGCCCCCCAGACCAGAGGGAUGUGCCUCAGUCUGUGCGGCAAGUACGGCGUGGACUGUCCCGCGGGGUACGAGUGUCGCAGCAAUGGAUGCGGUCACGAAUGUUAUAGACCGGCUAACUAUGUCGUUCCCGAAGGUUGUGCUCCACUUCAUUGUGAUCAACACUGCCCACUAGGAUACCAGGUGGAUGAUUCAGGAUGCGAUGUCUGCGCAUGCGAUUAUUCCGCUCUCUCGCACACCUUUAUUUAGCAGGCCAUUUUUCUUCGAGCUCCUAAAUCAUUCAUGAGAAAGAUAAUAAGUCAUCGAUGUUUGUAGAUGAUCCAAAUAAAUUUGAUGGUCGAACAA